AUGAGCAAAACCAUGGAAGAAGGGCUCUACUCUCUUCUCUAUCUAACCUUAAUCUUUACAAUCCUCUACUCUCUCCACACCCAAGUUGCUCACAAAUUACUCAUAGGCCAGCAUCCACUUCACCUCAAGAAAUCCCCACAUCUUCCUCUCAGGUUCAACUCUGAUGGAACCUUCAAAAUCCUUCAGGUGGCUGAUAUGCAUUAUGGAGAAGGGAUGGUGACACGUUGUGUAGAUGUGCUAGCUUCUGAGUUUGAUUACUGUUCUGAUUUAAACACCACCCUUUUUCUUAAGAGGAUCAUUCAAUCCGAGAAGCCUGAUUUCAUUGUUUUUACAGGAGAUAACAUAUUUGGACCAAGCGCUCAUGAUGCUGCAGAAUCUCUCCUCCGUGCCUUUGCUCCUGCAGUGGAUUCUGGACUUCCAUGGGCAGCGGUAUUGGGAAACCAUGACCAAGAAUCUACAAUGACUCGAGAAGAAUUGAUGUCUUUCAUUUCCUUGAUGGAUUACUCGCUCUCACAAACCAAUCCAUCUGUCGAUGAUCCCUCUCGCGCUGCCGAAGGAGAAGUGACAAAAAAUAUCGAUGGCUUUGGGAAUUAUAAUCUCAGAGUGUAUGGUGCUCCAGGUUCUCAUCUGGCAAAUAGCAGUGUCCUCAAUCUCUUCUUUCUCGACAGUGGAGACAGAGAGGUGGUUCAAGGAAUUCGAACUUAUGGAUGGAUUAAGGAAUCUCAGCUUCGUUGGUUCACCGUCAUUUCCAAGGGAUAUCAGGGCCAAAGGCAGGAUACUAAUCACCUGGAAGAGGCUUCAGCUUGUGCUAUGCCACCAGCAAUGGUUUUUUUCCAUAUCCCAAUUCCAGAAAUUCAGCAGCUAUACAACCAAAAGAUUGUUGGCCAGUUUCAGCAACGCGUAUCUUGUUCAUCAGUGAACUCAGGAGUCUUGCAGACCUUCAUAUCCAUGGGAGAUGUGAAGGCUGUGUUCGUCGGCCAUGAUCACACCAAUGACUUCUGUGGGAACUUAGGAGGUAUAUGGUUUUGUCACGGUGGAGGAUUCGGGUAUCACGGUUACGGGAAGGCCGGAUGGCCUCGUAGAGCAAGGAUCAUAUUAGCAGAACUUGAGAAGGGUGAGAAGUCUUGGGGGGAGUGGAUAGAAUCAGGACCUGGAAGCGCCUCGACGAUGAGAAGCUGA